CUCUUCUUCCUUAACCCCCCCAAACCCCUUCUUCUCACCCACCAUCGCCUCUCUCUCUCUCUCUCUCUCUCUCUCUCUCUCUCUCUCUCUCCUCCUCACUCCCAUUAAAUCAAAAACUUCAAAUCUCCAAAUUUCACACCAAAUUUCCCCAAUAAAUUGAAAUUCAACAAAAAAAUUCCCAGAAUAAACCUACUUUCGAAAUCCCCAGAAAAGAUCCCCCAAAAAAAAAACCCCAAAUCAAUCAAAUAAUAAUGGAACCCUUAUCAAUUCAACCAACCGAAUCAUCAAUUUUACUAUUUCUACCAAUUUUUUUUACAAUUUAUUUAACUGGGUAUUUCAUAAUCUUCAAAAAUUGGCCCCCAAAAUUCCGCCCAGAAAGUGCAAGCUGCUUCAUCUCCCUCUUUCAUGGCACCCCAGCUGCAAUCCUCGCUAUUUUCUCUCUCCUCAACAACAACAACUCUCACCAAUCUUUCUUUACCCAAAAUACCCCUCUCCAAAACAUGAUCCUUGACUACAGUAUUUCUUAUUUUAUCAUGGAUUUGACCCAUUACCUAAUCUUCUACCCUUCUGAUUUAUUAUUCAUUGGGCAUCAUUUAGCUACUUUGUUCGUGUUCAUAACUUGCCGUUAUCUUGUUUCUCAUGGUGCAUUCUCCAUUUUGGUGCUGCUAAUUUUGGCUGAAAUCACAAGUUUAUUGCAAAAUCUAUGGACCUUGGCAAAUGCAAGAAGGGUAGAAUCGGAACUUGCUGAAAAAAUUUACUCUAUUUUGUCACUCCCUUUUUAUGUAAUUUAUACUAUUGCUAGGGUUAUUUUAGGACCAUUAUUUGUGUAUAAAAUGGGCUAUUCUUAUUUUAAAGGAGAUGGGAUUGGAAUUAUUCCAACUUGGGUUAUGAUUUCUUGGAUUUGUGUUAUUGUAACAGCAAUUUCAGUCAGUAUUUUGUGGAUAUGGAAUUUAUGGGUGGAGUUGUUUAGACAAUGGAGGAAGAAGAAAGUUCAAUAAGUGUAUAAUUGUAAUUUUACAUUUUUUUAUUGUGCAAAUAUAAAUAUUUAUGUAUGGCACUUUGGAUUUUA